UCCCCAUUUGAAUUUAGUUCCAAAAAGUGCUGUAAGUUUAUCAAGCACUGAGAUGUGCUUUAGGGUGAGGUGGAGGUGGGAAUGGAUUUAUUUGAAGACCCUAAUGCAUGUCUAUUUGUGUAUGUGUCCUCUUUCAGAGCUCAACCUGCACUAUGUAUUCACCCAAAAUCCUGCUUGCCAUGCUGGCAUUGCUUUACCUAAGCCCUGUGACAAAUUCUGUGGAUGUUGAGGCUAAAGUGAGAAAACAACUUGAGGAAAUUGAAAACAUUGAUUUGGUGAAGAACGCCACCGAAAUUCUGAACUGGAGAGAUGUUGUGCAAAGAAAAGCUAUUCCGUAUAUGCGGGACUGUGAAGAGAUGUUCCAAGCAGGCCACACAGAGAGUGGCCUUUACAUCAUACGGCCUGUAAGCACCCGAAAACUUGUGGUCCAGUGCUACAUGGAUGGCUGUAAUGGGUGGACGGUGAUCCAACAAAACACCAUAAACACUGAAAUCACAUGGUCAGAAGACUGGACAACCUACAAAUAUGGGUUUGGUAACUUGGAGGCAGACCACUGGCUGGGCACUGAGUACAUCAGACUCAUUACUGAACAGAAAUGGUACAAAGUCAGAAUAAAUCUAGUUGAUGCUGAUGGUGCCCACAAAUAUGCAGCCUAUGAUAGCUUUGUUGUGGAUAGUGAGGAAAACGGUUAUGCGCUGAAGUUAGGGACUUAUGAAGGUAAUGCAGGGGACUCUCUCAGUAAUUCCGGACUCAAAAACAUACAUGACAACAUGAGAUUCUCAUGCAGGGAUCAUGACAAUGACAGGUCUUCUUUGUAUAACUGUGCUGAUCAGCAUGGAGGGGGCUGGUGGUAUGACAACUGCUUUAAUGCACAGCUAAAUGCCAAAGGUUCCAUUCACUGGAGCACAUUAUGCCAACAAAAUUGUAGGAAGUCAAUUAUACUACUGAGACCCGUCCACAUGUUCUGCAACAGGGUUUAGAAUGGGCGCAUGUUCUAGUGUCGUGAACUGAUGUAUUGCUGAAUAGAAACUGAUAAGCAGUAAAUCUGCAAGUUGUUUUGCUUCCAUACAUACAUUUUUAAACAGGGUGGUUUCUUUUGUUACCUCUGGUGGCAGAAUCAUAAGCCAAUAUUCCUGAAUGACAUUUUCUGAUUGCUACUGAAGUCAGUAAAUUCUUUAUUAAAAUUAUUAUUCAGCCA